AUUUCAGUUAGUUGCGCAAUGGGGAAAGUCCUUGUCAGCGGAUUGCUGGAACUUCGUUAAGUUGAUCAAGAUCAGGACAAAGACGACUAAAAUAAAGUAUCAAAAUGAAAGUGGAAGGACAGAAGACCAUGCUUCACGAGUUCUAUUCGCUGCAGGAGGAGCGAGUCAGGGUCUACCAUCUAUUAGAUGAAGGGCAUAAAGCAUACCUAGGGACAUCCCCGGACUAUGACUUUGUUGCGUAUCGUCAGAUUGUACACGACAGGACCGAAGAUUUCAAGCGUAUCUCACAGAGGAUUAUCGGCAUAGAGGCGGCGUUUCGGGAGCAGUACCAGAACAUUGCCAUCGCAGAUUGCUUGAAGAAGAUACAGGAAGCCGAGCAGGACAAACUUGAAAAGACUGCAGCCCUUCAACUGACCAAACAGAGAUUGCAGGAUGAACCGGGAAAUGAGGAACACAAGAGGGAGCUUUCUGAUCUCAAACACAGAUUGGCAGGUGUGAUGGAGAGGAUAACAGAUGCAAUGGAGGAUCUGAAGUAUGAAACCGAUGGGUUAUGACAUCAUCUCUUAUAUAAUCAAUGAACAAAGCCUUCAUGAGGAAUAGUAUCUGCUGGACGAAGAAACAAUCGUUGCCUUGAUGACGAAGUACUCCAUGUAUGUGUUGUCUCGUGGAUGAUCAGCUGGAUUAAUUCCUUUAAAAAUGGAAUCAAAGUGUGAAGAUUCUCAUAUGAAUGGCCUGCGACAGGGUUUUCUGCUUUCCCCUCCCCUAUUCAAGUACUGAGGUCAUGGAUGAUCAGCAAAAGACGAGGAACACUUCGCUUUGGCUUUGAAUGCUCAAUCAAAAAUUAAACUGGGUUGAAUUUGUGAUAUUGGUUGAUAUUCUCAAAGACAAUGGGCCCACUUCAUAAAAUUUAGUAUAAUCACAAAUUUGCCAUCUGUUAAAAGUAGGCCCACUGAAAUCCUUCAAUCUGCUUGGCUGACAGUAAAUAUGUUAUAGAUAUUGUGCAUUUGUUAUUAUAACAAAUCUUUAUGAAAUAGGACCCAUGCAUUUGGUGGCAAUGGAUUGAUCAGUGAAUCUAGCUUCCGAUUAGUCUGCAGGCACAGACCUUCGGUGCUUCACAUAGUGCAAAAUGGAGAAUAUGAAGUAGAAGACUAUAUCCACUCAUGCCCUGUGGCUACUUCUACAUUAAUUUUGGAGUAAAGUCUCCAUCAUAGACAUGGUAUAAUUUGUUAACCCUAAAAAGACAGGGGGGGGGCUGAUUCAGCCCCCCCUCGACAUUUUUCGCGAUAAAUCCGCUGCGCA